AAGGACAGUCCGAUGUUGAUCACCGACCUGCAACAAAUAACUUCGCUGCCGUUUCGAAUAGAACGAGUGAGAGGUGUUUGAUCUAUCACGCCGUUUUUUCUCGUUUCGUGUCGUUGGCAAGCAAGCAUCCAAAGGUGACGAAAUCCCGGUCAUCACGGAAGCAUGAGGAUGUCGACUCCUCACUGCAGUAGAAUGAAGCUGCUCGUAGCGCUGGUUCUAAUGGUAGUGCAACUGGUCGCAUCUGUUCCGACCACCACACGCUACCUUGCGGAUUCAUCUAGAAAUCGGUCGGACCCCUUGGCGAACCUGUUGGAAGGUAGCGCUGCGACACCGCCGCCCACUGAAUAUCCACAGUACGAGGCGAUGACUCCCACCUGGAUGAAGUGUGCCAAGCUUACUGGUGUGAGCCAGCGCUUGGAGGCACUGCCAGGAACUGGCUGGGACAGUCUGGCUAACAAGGACAUGGGCUGGGUGAUGGCCAUGACGUAUGACAAGUGCCAGAUAACACCGGACGGCAAGUACCUCAUACCGGAUAACAUCGUCACUGUUCCUCUGAAGAAGAGCCAGGUCAAGCAGUACUCGGAUGUGUACACAGACUUCACCGACUACAAGGACACGACGUCACAGUCAAUGCACCUGGAUGCCUCCUAUGGUCCUGUCAGUGGCAGCUUUUCCGAAGACUUCCAGGAGAACAAAGAAAACCAGGUUUUGAGCAAAUCUGCCACCACCCGUGCUGAGAUUCGUCACCAGCACUAUCUUGUUGAAGUUAAUCCGGACGCGACUCUGGCUCCAGCCCUCGUGGAACGCUUGACCGAGAUUGGUGAUCUCAUCAACAGCAACAACAGCAAGGCGGCUGACUAUGAAAGUGAGCUGUUGAUCCGUGACUAUGGGACCCACAUGGUGCGCUCCGUAGUCGCCGGCGGAGUCUUUGUCCAAGAGUCGCAGGUGAAGAGUGGCUAUGUGGAUUCCAUGCAGUCUUCUUCCACAUCCAUGAAGGCCGCUGCCUCCGCAUCCUUCAUGGUAACUAUUGGAUUCCAGUUCUCGUAUGGGACAAGCACGCAGUCCAUCCAGGACUUCCAGAACAACGUGACACAGUCAACCACUCGCACCUACGGUGGUCCAGCGUACAUGCCAGGUCUCUUGGUCAACACAUGGGAGCAGGGCUUGGACAACGCACUUGUCGCAACGGACAGACAAGGUGAUCCCAUCGAGUUCAUGAUAACGAAGUAUGCGCUGCCACAGAUGCCCGAACCAACUGUUCGACAGGUGCGUGAGUGUCUACUGCACUGUGCUUGCAACUGUUAGGGCAAUUGGUCUGGGGAGGU